AUUGCAUUUCCUCAAGUAUCUUUCGUAAACAAAACAGGCAAGCCCUUUUUGUUUUCUCCCACAUUUUACCAGGCAUUCUUAUUUCAAUCGUUUGGAACGAUUUUUUAUUUGGUGUGCAAGUGGAAUAACUACACAAGAGUGUUCAUUGGUGAUAGACUUAUUUAAUUAACUUGCUAAAUUCCAAAAAAGGAACACCAAACAUGUCUGGCGUAUUUGCUCCGGAAUUUUUCUCGAUUGCCCCACCAUUGAUGGAUUUUGAGCAAGAAUUGAUUUGGUUUAAUUUAACCGAAUCCUUUGGCCAAAAAGUCGAAUAUGACAAGAGCAAUCAUAUUAGCACCAAUGCCCGUGAACUAAUGGAUUUGGCCUUUGUGCAGCCACUGAAUUUGCAGGAUCAGAAGCUGUUGCUAAAUGAGUUGAGCAAGAAUCCAUUCUUUGUUUAUCAAAUUCGUUUGACACCAGAUAAGCUUCCUCGCCUAGUUGAAAAUAAUCCUAUAAUUUCGAUAGAAAUUCUUUUGAAACUUAUGAAUUCAUCGGAAAUUACAGAAUAUUUUCAUGUAUUAGUUAAUAUGGACAUAACGCUACACUCCAUGGAGGUGGUGAAUCGGUUGACAAACACUGUCAACUUACCGAGUGAAUUUCUACAUUUAUACAUUUCCAAUUGUAUAUCGUCGUGUGAAAAUGUCCGAGAUAAGUAUAUGCAAUCGCGAUUGGUGCGCUUGGUGUGCGUCUUCCUGCAGUCCUUGAUACGCAACAAAAUCAUAAAUGUUAAGGAGCUUUUCAUAGAAAUCGAGACAUUUUGUGUGGAUUUCAAUCGCAUCAAGGAAGCUGUUGCCCUAUAUCGCCUGCUUAAACAUUUGGAAAUGGGCGAGUUACAAAAUACCAGCAGUGGCAGUGGUAAUAAUGGUGGUGGUGGUGGCGGUGGUUCGAAUACAUCAUCAUCGUCGUCCUCAAAUAAAAGUGAAAAGAAUUUAAGCAAAUAAAACGUUUAGCUAGUAAGAGUAUACAAA